AUGGAUCAAACAACAACAUUUAGCAUACAAAAUGCAUCGAUGAAAAACUCUCCCCUUUGGAAGCAUCUGCUUGCAGGCGGAAUCGCAGGAGCUAUAUCGCGCACGUGCACCGCACCAGCCGACAGAAUUAAGGUGUACUUGCAGGUACAAACGCAUAGGACAAGCUUCAUGGAAUCCGUUCGGUAUUUAAUUAGCGACGGUGGUGUGCUCAGUAUGUGGCGUGGCAAUGGCGUAAAUGUUUUGAAAAUUACACCCGAAUCUGCUAUAAAAUUUGCUGUAUACGCUGAAAGUAAGCGAUUUCUGCGCGGGGUGGACGAGCGUCGUGCCCUAACAAUAGGUGAACGUUUUGCAUGCGGCGCUGUAGCGGGUAAUGCUUCGCAAACAUUGCUUUACCCCAUGGAUGUAUUGAAAACACGAUUGGCAUUGGUUAAAACUGGAAAAUAUUCGGGGGUCAUGCCGAUGAUCAAGAGUAUGCUUGAACAGGAGGGCUUACGAUCCUUCUACCGUGGUUACAACGCAUUUGCUGUCGGCAUUAUGCUUUAUUGCGGCAUUGAUCUGGCCGUUUAUGAGACGGUUAAGCAAGCAUAUUUGGGUUACAGAGAAGCAGAAAAUACAUUAAAACCACUGGUGAUAUUAAGCUGUUGCACAUUCUCAAGUACAAUUGGUCAAGUAACAACGUAUCCGAUGGCGCUAUUGAGUUCACGACUUCAAGCUAAAACUGUCCUGAAAAAGCAAGCGCUGAGCGAAAGAUUUUUAGAUAACAACAUGGUACUGUUAUUGUGGCGAAUUCACCAAAAAGAAGGUAUACAUGGUUUAUACCGCGGUAUACUGCCUAACUUUAUGAAAUCUAUUCCUUCUGUUUGUAUUACUUAUUUAGUCUAUGAGUAUAUCAUAUCUCUUCUAGGUUACAGUAUGAUAUAA